AAAACAAAAAACCAAUCAACACAUAAAUAAAUGAGAUGAGGAGUUAACAGAUAUUUGUUUUGGAACGGGAGAGUGAUCAAGAAGGAUCCUUGGUAAAAAAAAAAGAAAAGAAAAGAGAGAAGAAAACUGCUUCUUUUGCAGAUAAAAAGACAGGUUCAAGGGGAAAAAAAAUUAUGGUCACACUGUCUUGCUCCUCUUAUCUUCUUUUUCGUCUCUAUUAGUGAAGAAAAGGGCGCUUUUUCUUUUUAUAAAAAUCUCUUUUUUGCGGGGGGUAAAUUUGUCUUUGGUGGGAGAAAUGGAGUUUGAGGAUCAAGAGGAGCAAGAAGAAGAGAUGGGUUUGGCACCGAGUUAUGACCCGCUUGCAAACUCAUCUCGAGUCAAAAUGUCAGGUGUCGAACCGGGUUCGAUAACUCCAACGGGUCAGCAGCAGCAACAGCAGCAGAGGAAACCAAGGUAUAGAGAGUGCUUGAAGAACCACGCAGUGGGAAUCGGCGGUCACGCCGUCGACGGUUGCGGUGAGUUCAUGCCAGCUGGAAUCGAAGGUACCCUCGAUGCUCUCAAAUGCGCAGCUUGUAACUGCCACCGGAACUUCCACCGUAAGGAAACGGAGCUGGGUUCCCCACACUCCGUCCCCAUGACGGACCUCUACUUCCACCACCCCCACCACCAACCACCGCAAUUCACUCCUUACUUUAGACCACCAACGGGGUGCCUCCACAUGGCAGGACAGCAAAGGCCGUUAGCCCUACCAUCGAUAUCAGGAGGCGGCGGAGGACACAGCAGGGAAGAUCAAGAUGAUGUUUCGAAUCAAGGGAGUUCGAGGAAGAGGUUUCGAACAAAGUUCACGCAGGAACAAAAGGAGAAGAUGUUGGCUUUGGCUGAGAGGUUAGGGUGGCGGAUUCAGAAACAAGAUGAAGCGAUUGUUCAACAGUUCUGCAACGAAACUGGGGUCAAAAGGCAUGUCUUCAAAGUUUGGAUGCAUAAUAACAAGAACACUCUUGAUAAUGGUGCAUUGAGGCAAAGUGGAGACAUGCAAUGCAAUACAAUGCAAGAGGCGUGAACAUGGAAGAGCUUUAACAGGUUUUGUGAGCAUGGGGAUGGAUUAUGAGCUUUUCACGAGUAAGAUCUUCUUUGUGUAAUUAACCGAGAUAAGAAGCAAGGAAUUGGAUUAACCAUGAUUUUCCUUGUAUGAUAUUGAACAUAUCCUUUGUACGUGAGUUUAUCUGCAAUUUCAGAGUUAAUAGUCCUUUGCAUGA